CGUUGUCGUCGUCGUCGUCGUCGUCGUCGUCGUCGUCGUCGUCGUUGUCGUUGUUGUUUAUUAAACUCGCAAGAUCCUUCCUUUCUGCUUCUUCUAUUUCUACUUCUUGUUAUUCUUGUUAUUCUUGUUCUUCGAUACCCCGCGUCUAAAGUCGAUCACCCCCCUCCGCCAAGACGAUCUUCUCCGACAGGUACGACGAAGUAUUAGUCGAAAUCCAAAACAAUAUCGUAGAAUCGGAUAGGAAGGACGAAGCUCGCGAUAAAAAGAAUCCUACAAAUAUUUUUGUCCAAAAAAAAGAAAAAAAAAAAAACAAAUAUGACCGCGACAAUCGACGAACGUCAGUGCGAAAAAAAUACAUCUUAGUCGAUAAAGAAAAAAGUUUAUCAGAAGGGAAAAGAGAGCCGAAGAAAUUAUGCCGGACAAAAAUCCAACCUGUCGAGAUGGACAACGCGAAAACAAAGACUUCUUCGUCGACGAGAUAUCGUCGAUCGGCAUGUCACUGCGGCCCAGCGGCAGCGCCUCUUCCGGUAUCUCGACCCUCGCCAGCUGUGGUGAAGUCGACGCGCUACCCGAGCUUCCGGCACAGGAUGAAGAACGUUUACAACGUGCAGCACGUUUGUUGCAACAACGGCUUGUGUUACGUCAAUGGCUGGCGGAUCAUGGCUUACAUAGCUAUUAUCAAAAGCUAAUGCAAAUGGACGUAAUGUCUCUCGAAGACGUAUAUUGGGUGGAGGACACUGCGGCACAAGCCACGCUUGGCAAGGACCUACAACGAUGGAUUCAGGCCAGGCAGGCAUUACCUACUUCGAAGAGAGAUUUAGAAACUUUAAAGGCGGAUCUAUGGAGUGCUGUUGUAAAAAACAGUCAACACCAAGACGCUUGGACAUGGGGUGGAAUGUUAGUAGUAUCCGUGUCAGUAGCUGGUUUAGUUACUCUGGCUGCUAUGACGCAGCCUGCAUUAGCACCAGAAGCUAAACAUUCCCUUUUGCAAUACGUUACUGGAAAAUAUUUAUUGCCGAGCAACUGUCGUGUCCAUUUUGAAUGGGAAGAGCCACAACUUGUAGGAGAAACAAUGACUUUUACUGUAAAGUUCUAUCAACGAAACGGUCAACCAUAUCCGAUCUGCGACAAGGAUAAUCUCAUUGUGGAAGUGACAGAAGGCUCACGGAGAGUAGCUACUCUAAUAGAAUUAGGAGGUACCGAUCCUUUAGCUGCAAAUACAGCAGUAGUGAAGUUCACCGUCCGCCAUGCUGGACAAUACAAAAUAGCUGUACUUAUUGGAUCAUGUCACGUUCACGGCAGUCCAUUUCUUAAAAAUUUUCUGCCUGGACCUCCAGAUCCAAAUAAAACCGUCUUCGUACGUCAAAGUUCUACGGUCGUUUGUACAGCUGGUAUUGCACAUUCAAUGACAAUAGAACCACGAGACGAAUAUAAUAACUUAUGCAUAUUUGGCCCUGGCGAUAAACCCACCAAAGGGUACGAUGUCAAUAUUAUUCAGCAGAUAGGUAAUCAUGCGGAAAAAGGAUCGGUUAUAGAUUACUCGAUUCAUCUCGACUACGAUUCUCCAAAUCAGAGAGUUCGAUUGAAAGUUAGCUUUCCAAAAGGUGGUUGUUAUCAUGCGACUGUUAGCCUCGCAGGAUUACAAUUACACAAUGGAGACUUUGACAUUAUCGUUUUGGAAAGUUCGGUUGCAAGAUUGGUUCAUAGUAAUGUUGCUUCUAAAGAUCCAGACAUAUGCUACGUUGCUAAAUUAUUAGGUAUGCAAGGUGAAAGAUUCUCUAAGCCAAAAAAAGUCUUUUGUUAUAUAUCACCAAAGCAAUUAACUAUCAAGGAAUAUUUAUUAAAGUUCAUUCCUAAAAGACUUGUUACCUUUAGACUAUGUCCUUCGACCAAGUUUCAUUUUGACUGUCUGAACAAUCAACACGAGGGAUAUCAUUCGUUUUCGAUAGACGACGGAUGUCAACCACCUGUCGAAUUAAUUUCUUUAUAUCGCGAUAUAAUAGCCGCUACCUUUACAUUGUUUCUUCUUAAAAAUAUCGGCGGUAGCGAGACUUUCGCUGAUAAACAAGAUUUCUUUUAUCACGAAGUUCGGAAACAUCACCAGAAAUAUUAUCACGAGAAACUAUCGAUGAAAGUGCAACGCGACAAACUUUUAGAAUCGUCGAUGAAAGCUACUAAAGGAUUUUCAGUGAGCGAUUGGUGCAGAAAUUUUGAAAUAACGUUUCAAGGCGAACAAGGAGUUGACUGGGGUGGAGUACGCCGUGAAUGGUUCGAAUUGAUUUGCGCGGCAUUAUUUGAUCCAGGAAAUGGUUUGUUUGCGUCGUUUGGUGAAUCCCAACAAGCUUUGGUACACCCUAACAGCAAACGACCGGCUCAUCUUAAAUUAAAGCAUUACGAAUUCGCUGGUCGCAUAGUUGGCAAAUGUUUGUACGAAUCGGCACUCGGAGGAUCGUAUCGACAAUUGGUACGAGCAAGAUUUACAAGAUCUUUCCUUGCACAAAUUAUAGGUCUUAGAGUGCAUUAUAAGGUAAAGUAUUUCGAACAAGAUGAUCCUGAUUUGUAUUUGAGUAAAGUAAAAUACAUUCUUGAAAAUGAUGUGGAAGAAAUGGAAUUGUAUUUUGUCGAAGAGGAAUACGAUAAGGACGGUCAAUUAUUAAAGGUAGCAGAAUUAAUUCCUGGAGGUAGUAAAGUACGCGUUACCAAUGAUACGAAACUUCGAUAUCUAGACGCAUUAGCGCAACACAGACUUGCUAGUUCAAUUCGCAACGAAGUCGAUCACUUUCUACGUGGUCUCAACGAACUCAUUCCAGAUAAUCUGUUAGGCAUAUUCGAUGAAAAUGAAUUAGAAUUACUGUUAUGCGGGACCGGUGAAUAUAACGUAGCAGAUUUACGAGCACAUCACAUAGCUAAUGGAAGUUCUCCAGAAUUUUUACGUGUCCUCGAUUGGUUUUGGACGGCAGUAAGUAAUUUUACGCGAGAAGAAAUGGCGCGAUUACUUCAGUUUACUACCGGUUGUUCUCAAUUACCACCUGGCGGAUUUCAACAACUGAGCCCACGCUUUCAAAUAACAGCAGCUCCUACAUUCGCGAAUUUACCUACGGCUCAUACGUGUUUCAAUCAACUCUGCUUACCCGAUUACGAGUGUUAUGAUCAUUUCGAAAGAGCGUUGUUAUUAGCGAUCAGUGAAGGUACCGAAGGUUUUGGUAUGAUCUAACAAAAAAGAAGCUAUAUACUGAUAAAAACGAACACACACAUCAUACAUCCAUAUACAAGCUAACCUCUAGUCUACUCUAGUCGAUAUGAUUUGUCCAUUAUAUUAAAACGAUGUAUGUUGUGUACCAUUUUUUAUUGUUUUAUAUCAAAUAUUAAUUUUCAUUCCAACGUUUA